AUGGAAGAAAAAACUAUUGAAACAUCUUUAGAAACAAUGAUAAAAAAAGAAAAUAUAACUAUAUUAAUGAUGUUUCCCGAUAUUGAUUAUUUUAUACCAAAUUUAAAAUCAUUGUUAAUUGUCUAUGAAUAUAUUGUUCAUCAUUAUCAAAUAUCAAAUUGGCUUCAUAUUAAUUUCAAAGUAACAGAUUCAAAUUGUUCAAUAUCGUUAGCACCUCAUGUACUUGUUAAAACAAUGCUUUCAACUAUUCCUGAUGUUGUAUUUGGACCAUUUUGUGAUUUGGCAGUAGCACCUGUUGCUCGUCUUCUUCAUUUUCAAAACAUUCCUGUUAUUACAAUGGGAGCUGUAUCCAAUGAAUUUACUUUACAAAGACAAACAAUGUAUUCAACAUUAUUUAGAUUUGGAUAUAGAACAGAUGAACUUGGUACAUUACUUGUAAAACUAUUUCAAUAUUAUAAAUGGUCGUUUGUUAAAUUUCUCUAUGAAGAUAACCCUAAACCUUGGCAUGAAUGUCAAGUAUUAUUAAGACCAAUAGCACAUACAUUUGCAUCAAAUCAAAUUCGUUCAGAUAACAGAAAAAUAACAAAUCAUGAUAUAAAGGAUAAUUUUAAAUCAAUAUUUAUUGAUUUUAUUAGUAAUAAUGCAUCAGUAUCUUUAUGGUGUGUUAAUCCUCAAACAUUUCGAUCGGCUAUAUUAACAGCGCAUAAACUUGGUUUUGUAAAUGGAGAAUACGUUUUUAUUUAUCUUGAUACAGUUUUAACACAAGAAAAUACCGAUGAAAAAAGUUUAUCUGUAAGAAAACCUUGGCAUGAUCCAAAUGAAACAAAUAAUCAAAUAAAUGAAAAUGCUCAUCGUGCAUUUGAAACUGUACUUUUUGUUCGACAACGUCUUUAUACAGGCGAACGUUUUCGCCAAUUUGCUGAUAAUAUUGUUGAGUUUGCACGUCAGAGAAAUCGAACAAAACAAUUAAUACAUGAAACAAUUGGAACAGAUGAAACUAAUUUUUAUGAUGCAGUCGUAACUUAUUUUAAAGCAUUAAAAGGUCAUUAUUUACAUAGGAAUUCUGAAGAAUUAAUCAACAAUAAUGAAACAAAAACAAAUCGACGAUUAGAUGCAGAUACACUUAAAACAAUGAUUUGUAAUCGAUCAAUUGAAGGUAUUAAUAAAAAUAUAACAAUGAAUCAAAUUUGUGAUCGAAUUGAUAUUGGUUAUACUGUUUUUGAUUUGGAUCCAGAUACAGAAGAAUUAAAAGCUGUUCUUGCUUAUCCAGCAGAACCAUAUUCAAUUGAAAAUAAUCAAUUACAAUGGUUAAAUAAAUCUCGUCUUAUUUAUUUUAUUGAUAGAAAUUCAACAUUUAUCCCUGAUAGUCCACGUUGUGGUUUUAAUAAUUUAAAAUGCCCUAGAAAUACUCUUAUUCCAAUAUGGGGUUGGAUUAUAAUUGGUCUUUUAUCAAUUAUUGUUCUUCUUCUUAUUCUUGGAUUUAUUUUAUAUCGACGAGCAAAAUUUGAAGCCGAAUUAAAAUCGAUGCAAUGGUUAAUUAAAUGGGAAGAAUUAUCUGGAAGAACAUUAUUACAUAAUAGUGUUGCCACACCAUCAUUUCAUAAGCUUUCACUUUCUCAAAAGCGAAGUUCUUUUUCAAGUAAUCAUUCUGAUGAUAGUGACACAGAUGUUCGUACAAGACAAACUUUUACAAAAACAGCAUUUUAUAAAUCAUCUCUUGUUGCACUUAAACGUUUUUAUAAAACAAAAUUAGAAACAACACGUGCAUUACAAUUAGAAAUGCAAGAUUUAACUCAUGAUCAUAUAGCUCGUUUUAUUGGCAUUUGUAUUGAUCCAAAACAUCAAUAUAUUGUUACUGAAUAUUGUCCUAAAGGAAGUUUGCAGGAUAUUCUUGAAAAUGAUGAAAUUAAACUUGACACCAUGUUUAAACAUUCUAUCAUGCAUGAUAUUGUUAAAGGUAUGCAACAUAUACAUAAUAGUCAAAUUGGAUCACAUGGAAAUUUAAAAAGUUCAAAUUGCGUUGUUGAUAGCCGAUUUAUCUGUAAAAUAACUGAUUUUGGUUUACCAACAUUACGAUCAAAUAGAAAUCGACCUUCACCAUCAUCAGACAUUGCUGAUGAUCUUUUAUAUCAUAAAAAUCGUUUAUGGACAGCACCUGAAUUAUUAAGAGAUUCAAAUCCACCAUCUGCAGGUACAAUUAAAGGUGAUGUCUAUAGUUUUGGAAUUAUUUUACAAGAAAUUCAAUUACGCAAUGGGCCGUUCUAUUUACGAGAUCAACAAUUGAGACCAGAUGAAAUCGUCGAAAGUGUUAAAUGUGGUAGUUUAAUUCGUCCAACAAUUGAAGUUGGUGAAUGCAAUAUUGAAAUUGGUCAAUUAAUGAAACGUUGUUGGCUCGAAGAUCCAAAUGAAAGACCAGAUUUUACCGAUAUUCGACAAAUAAUGCGUCGAAUCAAUAAAGAUGGUGAAAGUGGAAAUAUUCUUGAUAAUUUAUUAAAACGUAUGGAACAAUAUGCAAACAAUCUUGAAGGUCUUGUUGAAGAACGUACAAGUGAUUAUUUAACUGAAAAGAAAAAAGCUGAAGCUUUACUCUAUCAAUUGUUACCAGCAACAGUUGCAUCUCAAUUAAUGGGUGGUCAACCAGUAAAAGCUGAAUCAUUUGAAAGUGUUACUAUUUAUUUUUCUGAUAUUGUUGGUUUUACAUCAUUGUCAUCGGAAAGUACACCAUUUGAAGUUGUCGAUUUAUUAAAUGAUCUCUAUUCGGUAUUCGAUGCUGUUACAGAAAAUUAUGAUGUCUAUAAAGUUGAAACUAUUGGAGAUGCUUAUAUGGUUGUUUCUGGUCUUCCAAUGCGUAAUGGAGAUUUACAUGCGAGAGAAAUAGCUCGACUUUCUUUAGCUCUUCUUAAUGCUGUUUUGAAUUUUCGUAUUCGACAUCGACCCGAUAAAAAAUUAUUAUUACGUAUUGGUAUACAUUCAGGCCCAUGUGUUGCGGGUGUUGUUGGUCUUAAAAUGCCUCGAUAUUGUUUAUUUGGCGAUACAGUAAAUACAGCAUCUCGAAUGGAAUCAAACGGAGAAGCUUUACGUAUUCAUUUAUCGUCAAGUACAAAAUCUAUUCUUGAAAAAUUUGGUACAUUUGAGCUCAAAUUACGUGGUGAUAUUGAAAUGAAGGGAAAAGGUAAACAAAGAACAUAUUGGCUACUUGGUGAACAAGGUGGUUUAAGUGCUCAACAUAGUUUAAUGAAUUGGAACGAUGAUACUAUUGAUGAACAUUAA